AUGCGGGAAAACCCUAUCAAAGCGGGAUCAGAGGAUGGGGUCGGCCGGAAACAAACAGACACCGGCUACAAGACAUCCAAGGCCCCAUUUCAGGCAAACCUAGUUCGAGUCCCAAGGGCCCACCUCCCGGAACGCGCGCUGAAUAGGAUCCGAUCGGCGCAGGGGGGCUCAGUCGAGGACGCAGAACCGGGGCAAGCCAAGAACCAAGAACAAGGGCGAGGCGAGGAACAUCAAGACACACGGCGGGGUAGCGUGAAAGGAAAAGCCAAAUGCCAGCAGUGA